CAGCCGGGCCAAGGGCAAGGGCAGGGGCAGCCGGCGGCCAUGGCGGGCAUGACGAGCCAGUUUGGCCAGAUGGGCCUCGGCGGUCCCGCGACGGGCCAGAAGAUGGUCAACGCCGCCAACGUCAACCUCAUCAACGCGCCCGUCAACCCGCUCGAGCUCAUGACGGUCGAGCCCCCCGAGAUCAACCUUCCGGCCAACGCCUCGUUCUCGCAGUCGCCGACCCGCAACGCCGACCCGUCGUACCAGCGCAUGACGAUGAACGCCGUCCCGACGACCAACUCGCUCCUGCAAAAGUCCAAGGUGCCGCUCGCGCUCGUCCUCACGCCUUACCGCAGCCUCAAGCCCGGCGACCCCGAGGUCCCCGUCGUGUCCGACACGGUCAUCGCCCGCUGCCGGCGGUGCCGCACCUACAUCAACCCCUACGUCACCUUCAUCGAGGGCGGCCAACGGUGGAAGUGCUGCAUGUGCAACCUGUCGAACGAGGUCCCGCAGCUGUUCGACUGGGACCAGGAGAAGAACGAGCCGGCCGACCGGUACGCCCGCCACGAGCUCAACUCGUCGGUCGUCGAGUUUGUCGCGCCGACCGAGUACAUGGUCCGCGCACCGCAACCGCCGAUCUACGUAUUCGUCAUCGACGUGUCGUACUCGGCCGUCACGUCGGGCAUGGUGGCGACGGCGGCGCGCACCCUCCUCGAGUCGCUCGACCGCCUCCCGAACGAGGACAGCCGGACCAAGAUCGCCAUCAUCGGCGUCGACUCGUGCCUGCACUUCUUUACGCUCGCCGAGGGUGCCGCCGAGCCGUCGAUGCUCGUCGUCGGUGACCUCGACGACGUGUUCCUGCCCAAGCCCAACGACAUCCUCGUCAACCUCGUCGAGGCCAAGGCCGGCAUCGAGAACCUCCUGUCGCGCCUCAACGACAUGUUUGUCGAGACGCACAACACGGGCAACGCGCUCGGCGCCGGCCUCCAGGCCGCGUUCAAGCUCAUCUCGCACGUCGGCGGCAAGGUCGUCGCCCUCUCGGCGUCGCUCCCCAACCUCGGGCCCGGCGCGCUCAAGCCUCGCGAGGACAGCAAGAUCCUCGGCACGAGCAAGGAGUCAACCCUGCUCGCGGCGCAGACGGGCUGGUACAAGUCGUUCGCGAUCGAGUGCUCGAGGUCGCAGGUCUCGGUCGACAUGUGGCUCUUCUCGAGCGCCUACACCGAUGUCGCCACCCUGUCGGGCCUGCCGCGCUACACCGGCGGCCAGACGUACUACUACCCGAGCUUCAACGCCGCGAGGUCCGAGGACGCCCUCAAGUUUGCGCACGAGUUUGGGACCGUCAUCGCCGACCCGAUCUGCCUCGAGGCCGUCAUGCGUGUCCGGGCUUCUCGAGGAAUCCGCAUGUCGGCGUUCCACGGCAACUUCUUCGUGCGCUCGACCGACCUCCUGUCGCUCCCGGCGGUCCCGAUGGACCAGAGCUACGCCAUCGAGAUCCAGAUCGAGGACCCGAUCAGCGCGCCGUUCGUCGUGUUCCAGACGGCCGUCCUGCACACGACGGCGUACGGCGAGCGCCGCAUCCGCGUCGUCACGCUCGCGCUCCCGACGACGAGCUCGAUCUCGGAGUUGUACGCGUCGGUCGACCAGGUCGCGCUCGCGACGCUCCUCGCCAACAAGGCGGUCGAGCGCAGCAACCAGGCCAAGCUCGAGGACGCGCGCGACGCCGUCCACAACAAGCUCGUCGACAUCCUCGGCACGUACAAGGCGACGAUGACGAGCUCGGGCAGCGGCGCGAGCCCGCAGCUCGUCGUCGCAGAGAACAUGAAGUUCCUCCCGCUCCUCAUGCUCGGCCUCCUCAAGAACACCGGUAUCCGCCACAGCACCAUGAUCCCGUCGGACGUGCGCGCCUACGCCCAGGCCCUCAUCACGACCUUGCCGUCGCAGCUCCUCAUCCCGUACCUGCACCCCGUCUUCUACUCGCUCCACAACAUGCCCAAGGAGUGCGGCACCAUCUCCGAGUCGGGCGUCAUCCUCCCGCAUCCUCUGCCGCUCACGUCCGAGCGGCUCGAGCGACACGGCCUCUUCCUCAUCGAGGACGGCCAGAACAUCUUCCUCUGGGUCGGUCGCGACGCCGUCAACCAGCUCAUCCUCGACGUGUUCGACCUGCCCUCGUACGCCGACUUGCGCAGCGGCAAGGGAACGCUGCCGGUCCUCGACAACCCGUUCUCGCAGCGCGUCAACGCCAUCAUCGGCAAAGUGCGCGAGCAGCGCCGCGGCCCGUACUACCCGCACCUGUACAUCGUCAAGGAGGACGGCGAGCCGGCGCUGCGGCAGUGGGCGUUGAGCUGCCUGAUCGAGGACCGCAUGGAGACGCUGCCGAGCUACCAGCAGUUCCUCGGCAAGCUCAAGGACUCGGUCAACGACAAGUCCUUCUAGACGAGCGCGCGACCGUGUCGGCAAAAGGGCUUUCUCCCCCUCCCUCUGUCGGCCCUGUCUUUCCGACCUCACCCUCUCUCUCUCGGUCCCGAAUCCGCCCAUCAUGGUCUGUCGAUACCCCCUGUGCUCCCUCUUCCUCUCUUGAGCCCUGAGCGCUGCAACGCAUUCGAGCAGCGAG